CGUUCAAUGACAUCACGUCGUCCCCUUCGUUGUUCAUAAAGCACAAUAAAUCUGCACAAAUAAAAAAUAAAAUAAAAAAAACUGAAAAAAAAAACGAACUCUGAAUUAGAGAAAGACACUAAUAACAGUUCACGAACACCAACAUUUUCUCUCCUCCCCCCGAUCUAAAUCUCUUCCCUCAAUUUCUCACUCCUCAAUUUCCCCCCAAUUCAAUUCCAUCCUUAAACCCUAACCCUACCCAAAUUCCAUCACUCCUUCAACCUUCUCCACGUGAUUCCUUCUCUUUCAUCUUAAUCGAUCGACAAUGGCGUCAAUUAAGAGCGUCAACAGAUCGGCAACGGUGGCGAUGUCGCCGGAUUCGGAGUAUUUCGCCGCGGGAACAAUGGCGGGUGCUGUCGAUCUGGCCUUUAGCUCCUCCUCUCACCUCGAGAUUUUCAAACUCGAUUUCACUUCAGAUGAUCAAGAUAUUCCCGCCGUUGCUGAAUCUCCCAGCUCCGAGAGGUUCAAUCGCCUUUCUUGGGGCAAGAAUGGAUCUAAUUCUGAAGAGUAUUCCAUGGGUCUAAUUGCUGGUGGCCUCGUCGAUGGCAAUAUCGGUCUUUGGAAUCCUCUUCCUUUGAUUAGCUCUGAAGCAAGUGGUAAUGCAGUUGUUGGACAGUUGACACAGCAUACAGGGCCUGUUCGUGGUUUGGAAUUCAAUGCGCUUCAGCCAAACUUGCUUGCUUCUGGAGCUGAUGAUGGAGAGAUUUGCAUAUGGGAUUUGACAUCACCAAACGAGCCUCGUCACCCCCCUCCUCUUCAGGGUACUGGUUCAGCUCCCCAAAAUGAAAUUUCUUACUUGUCUUGGAAUAAAAAGGUUCCAGUUAUCUUGGCUUCUACUUCAUACAAUGGGCAAACUGUUAUUUGGGAUUUGAGGAGGCAGAAGGCGGUUAUCAGUUUUUAUCCAGAUUCAAACAAAAGAGGCUCUGUUUUACAGUGGCAUCCUGAAACAACAACUCAACUGGUUGUUGCAUCAGAUGAUGAUAGUUCACCUUCUCUUAAGUUUUGGGAUAUGAGGAAUACGAUGUCACCCGUGAGAGAGUUUACAGGGCACACAAAAGGUGUAAUUUCAAUGGCAUGGUGCCCCAGCGACAGCUCCUACUUGCUGACAUGUGCCAAGGAUAACCGUACGAUUUGUUGGGAUACUGUUACUGGAAAGAUAGUCACCGAAUUGCCUGCUAGCACUAACUGGAACUUUGAUGUACACUGGUAUCCAAAGAUACCAGGGGUCAUAUCAGCGUCUUCGUUUGAUGGAAAAAUCGGGCUGUACAAUGUUGAGGCUUGCAAUCGUUAUGGGCUUUCAGAAACAGAUGGUGCCGCACCUUUGAGAGCUCCAAAAUGGUAUAAAAGACCAGUGGGUGUUUCUUUUGGUUUCGGAGGAAAGCUUGUUUCAUUCCAUUCAAAAGCCGCCCCUGCUGGUGCUGUAGGAGGAGCUUCAGAGGUUUAUGUCCAUAGCGUGGUAACAGAGGAUAGUUUGGUGAGUCGUUCAGCUGAGUUUGAAGCUGCCAUCAAAAAUGGAGAAAGAUCUUCUUUGAGAGUUUUAUGUGAAAAGAAAUCACAAGAGUCUGAGUCUGAAGAUGAUAGAGAAACCUGGGGCUUCUUGAAAGUUAUGUUUGAAGAUGACGGAACAGCAAGAUCUAAGCUUCUUGCACAUCUAGGUUUCAGUGUGCCAGAGAAUGUGAAAGAGACUGUUCAAGAUGAUUUAUCUCAGCAAGUUGAUUCCCUUGUGCUUGAGGACAAUGGUGCAGAUAAGGAGGGCUCUGUUGUUGAAAAGGAAGCUGCUCCUUUCUCUUUCGACACUGGGGAAGACUUCUUUAAUAAUCUUCCUAGUCCUAAAGCCGAGACACCAGUUUCAAGUGCUAGCAACAACUUUGUUGUAGAAGCUGUACCAAGUGAGGAGCCGAGACAAACCGAAUCUGAUGGACUUGAAGGGAGUACUGAUCCAGCAUUUGAUGAUGCAGUUCAGCGUGCCUUGGUAGUUGGAGAUUACAAGGAGGCAGUUUCUCUAUGUGUCUCUGCAAAUAAGAUGGCUGAUGCUCUUGUAAUUGCUCAUGUCGGGGGUGCUUCUUUGUGGGAAAGUACUCGUGAUCGGUACCUGAAGACGAGUCAGCUGCCUUAUCUCAAGGUUGUUUCUGCAAUGGUGAAUCAUGACCUCAUGAGCCAUGUGAACACUAGACCCCUAAAAUCAUGGAAGGAGACAUUGGCUCUUGUUUGCACUUUUGCCCAAGGAGAGGAGUGGACUCUGCUUUGUGAUGCUCUUGCAUCGAAACUCGUGGCUGCUGGGAACACAUUGGCUGCAACUCUUUGUUACAUCUGUGCUGGGAAUAUCGACAAAACUGUGGAGAUAUGGUCAUAUUGUUUGUCAGCAGAGUCCGAGGGAAAGCCGUAUGUUGAUCGCCUACAGGAUUUGAUGGAGAAGACAAUUGUUUUUGCCUUAGCCUCUGGGCAGAAGCGGUUUAGUUCUUUCUUGGGUAAGCUGGUUGAAAAAUAUGCUGAAAUUUUGGCCAGUCAAGGGCAAUUGUCUACAGCAAUGGAAUUCUUAAAGCUUUUGGGGGAAGAUAUAUCUCCUGAGCUUGUCAUCUUGAGAGACUGCAUUGCAUUAUCUUCACAACCAGAGAAUGAAGUAGAAAAGACUCUGGCUUAUGAGAAUUCACAAGUGUCUUCUGAUUCUGUGUAUGGUGCUAAUCCUGGCAGUUAUGCUCAACAGUAUUACCAGGAUACUGCGACAGCUCAUAACCAGCCAGGUGCUGGUCCUGUCCAUUAUGGCGGGAAUUAUCAGCAGUCCUAUGCAUAUGCAUCCCCCACACCUUACCAGUCAACGACUCCUGCACCUUACCAGUCAACGACUCCUGCACCUUACCAGUCAACUCCCACACAUUAUCAGUCAACAACUCCCACACAUUAUCAGCCAACAACACAACCCCAGUUAUUUGUUCCGUCUCAAUCACAACAGGUUCCCCAGCCAAACUUUCCUCCACCUGUCAGUGCUCAACCUGCUGUUAGGCCAUUUGUCCCAACUCCUGCCCCAGUCUUGAGAAAUGCGGAGCAAUAUCAGCAGCAGGCUCCAACAUUGGGUUCUCAUCUUUAUCCAGGAUCAACUAACAAUAGUUAUCAAUCUGGGCCACCAGGACCUGGUUCAUUUGGCACUAUACCAUCUCAAGCAGGGAUUAUCCCUGGUCAAAGGAUGCCCCAAGUUGUGGCACCUACCCCAAAUCCACGGGGGUUUAUGCCGGUGCAUAGUCCUAGCGGUGCUUCUCACAGACCUGGGAUGGUUUCAACACAACCAUCAAGUCCUACUCAGUCUGCACCAGCACAGACUGCUGUUGAACCUCCAGCUCCCCCGCCAACAGUCCAGACUGUUGAUACUUCAAAUGUGCCUGCACACCAGAGGCCUGUUAUUGCUACAUUGACAAGGCUAUUCAAUGAGACAUCAGAAGCACUUGGCGGUGCUCGUGCAAACCUUGCCAAGAAGAGGGAAAUAGAAGAUAAUUCAAAGAAGUUGGGUGCUUUGUUUGCAAAGCUCAACUCUGGAGACAUAUCUAAGAAUGCUGCUGACAAGCUUGUUCAACUGUGCCAGGCUUUAGAUAAUGGUGAUUUUAGCACUGCUUUACAAACCCAGGUACUCCUUACUACAAGUGAAUGGGACGAGUGUAGCUACUGGCUAGGGAACCUAAAGAGAAUGAUUAAGACGAGGCAGAAUGUCAGAUUAUGAGUUAAAACAGCAGAAAUUCGUCUUCGUUUUUGAUAUUUUACAUCGUGGGACUGCUUUUUCCCUCCAUGUAUACAAGAAAUUGUUUUUCAUAGGUUGGGAUAUAAGACCCUUUUUUUUCGUUUUUCAUUUUUAUAGGUCUUAAACUGAGCCCCUUCGACUGUCUUUUCAGUGGUGUAUGUUUUUUUUUUGCUUGAGGCAGAUAGAAAGGUUGAUAUCAGGAUAUCAUCAAUACACUUCUUUAGAUUGAAUUACUCUCUAUAAACUUUUUUAGUAUUAUAGACUUCAGUUUUAUUUUUAUCAAAAUAAUAUACUAAUUAUUGAUUCUC